GACUGCGGACACAGUACAGGGGAUGACCAGAGACUGCGGACACAGUACAGGAGAUGGCCAGAGACUGCAGACAGUAGAGGGGAUGACCAGAGACUGCGGACACAGUAGAGGGGAUGACCAGAGACUGCGGACAGUACAGGGGAUGACCAGAGACUGCGGACACAGUACAGGAGAUGACCAGAGACUGCGGACACAGUACAGGAGAUGGCCAGAGACUGCAGACAUAGUACAGGAGAUGGCCAGAGACUGCAGACAUAGUACAGGGGAUGACCAGAGACUGCAGACAUGCUACAGGAGAUGACCAGAGACUGCAGACAUAGUACAGAAGACCAGAG